GCCGCAUCGGCAUCAAAAUAUCGAUAUCAUUGAUGCCAAGACCUGUCCUGUAAAUUUAUAGAUUGUAUCAACAUUUAAGUGCUACAUAUGUAUGUCAAUGUUGCCGUAAUAUAAUGUUUCAAUAACUGCCUUGCACUGAGAGACAGUGUUUUUACUUUGGUAAAACAGGCCAACUUUUGCAAUCAGAUCACACAAGUCAUGCCACGAGGUAAACGUAGAGCUCCAGAAAUCGGUGACAAUAUGGAUGGCCAAUCAAAGAGAGCACGCACCAGCUAUACAACUAUUGCGACACAACAAAGCAGCAGACGCCAUAUCAGAGCAGAAGAUGGCUUUAGCCAGAAACGCUGCCUCGCCUGGUUCCAUGAAUAUACUACGCCCGAUGAGCCUGAUACCCUGGGGCCAGACGGUAUGGAGAAAUUCUGUGAAGAUAUUGGCGUUGAGCCCGAAAAUAUUGUGAUGCUUGUGCUCGCAUAUAAAAUGGGUGCCACACAGAUGGGGUUCUUCAGUCAGCAGGAGUGGUUAAAGGGUCUCAUGGAUCUCGAAUGUGAUUCGACAGCAAAAAUGGUUGUGAAAUUGGACUAUCUGCGCAGCAUACUCAACGAUCCUAACUCCUUCAAGAGUAUAUAUCGAUAUGCAUAUGACUUUGCCAAGGAUUCGGAUCAGCGAAGCAUGGAUAUUCUGACGGCUAAGGCUAUGCUGCAAUUACUUCUGGGCAAGCAUUGGACAUUGUAUCCACAAUUUGCACAAUUCCUAGAACAGUCCAAGUACAAGGUUAUUAAUAAGGAUCAAUGGUGUAACAUAUUGGAGUUUUCGCGCACAAUCUGCAUUGAUUUGUCAAACUAUGAUAUUGAUGGCGCAUGGCCCGUAAUGUUGGAUGAGUUUGUGGAAUGGCUGCGUUUGCAACGCGGAUUAGUCACCGGAAGUUCGGGAUCCAGCUGAGAAUGCCUGGAUCACAUAAUUCUAGUUAAACUUUAGAAAUUUUGUAGUGUACAUCAUGAGA